AUGGACCCUGAUGCUUCUGCGACCAGUGGUGACAUUUGGAAUCCCUUAUUGUGUCAUGCAACUGCUCAAAGUCUGGAAGUGACUGGGGCCCCAACUGACGAGGCCUGGCUGUGGCUGAUCGGUAUUGCGUUGUCAUCUGUAGGGGAAGCCGUCAUUCAUUAUCAUCUUGCUUGGAUCCAGUGGUCUGAAUUAGGAAUUCCAAUCCGUGCGCAGCUCAUUAUGGCGAUAUUUCAAAAAGCGCUACGGAUCAAGGAUUCCAAGCAUCCGGAGAGUUUCAAUUCGAAGGCGACAUCGGCGGCAUCUGAAAAGGCACAGGCCAUCAAUCUUAUUUCUUCUGACACGCUAGCAUUCAGCAAGUUUACUGCUGUCAACCAUAUGCUGCCCUUUUUUGUUGUCAAGCUCAUUAUGGCAAUAUCCUUUCUACUCAAAUUACUGGGAUGGCAGAGUACACUGGUUGCAAUGAUUGUCACAAUAGCGAGUGCUCCUAUACAUACUAUGGUCAUUAAACAUGAACGGAAGACCCGGAAAGAUCUGACGGCAGCCAGAGACAGGAGGAUAAAGGUAGUUAACGAAGCCCUGCAGGCACUACGGCAGAUAAAGCUCCGGGGCUUAGAGGCUCAAUGGGACGAGCGUAUUAACCAGCUUCGACUGGAGGAGCUGAACUAUUUGUGGAGCGCCCUUAUUGCCAGCACUGUACGUUCAGUCUGGAAGUUGGCAGCUCCGUUACUCGUCGCAGCAGUUUCCGGUCGUACCUUCACAUUCAGUGCAUCUAUCUCCCCAUCAAUCAUCUUCCCAAUGAUUGAACUAUUGCCUCACCUACAAGGGUCACUGGGAACCAUCCCAAUGGUCAUCCAGGAUCUCUUGGACGCCCGCUCAAAUGCCUAUCGGAUGGAGGAAUAUCUGAGAAGACCGGAACAGAGCAGAAUUAUAGAUCCAAGCCCACCCGGUCAGGUUGUAUUCCGUAAUGCUUCCAUUACCUGGUCGACAGAUGAAGUGUUAGACAAGGUUACAUCACCUCCGCAGUUCUAUUUACGCAAUAUCAACCUUAAGUUUCCGGUUGGGGGGCUAAGUGUUAUCCAUGGCCAAACAGUAUCUGGAAAGAGUCUUCUACUUUCAGCUAUACUUGGUGAGGCGGAUCUUCUAGCUGGGAGCGCGACGGUCAAGGACAAUAUACUCUUUGGAAAUCCACUUGACCAAGAAAGGUAUACAAAGGUCCUCAACGCGUGUGCACUUUCCUUGGACCUGGAAGCCCUGCCUAAGGGUGAUGAGACUCAGAUUGACCCAAACGGUGUCAAGCUGAGUGGGGACGUUUCGAGGGAUAUUCUCCGCGCUCUCACCGGUGAGCUUUACCACGGGCGUACGCGAAUACUUGUAACCCACCAGGUUUCGCUCUGCGCUCCAAUGACAAAGUCUGUUGUUCAAGUCCAUGAACACACUAUCAGCUACUCAGGUACAGCUGAUUUGAUGGAAGGUAUUACCGUACCGGAUCCAGAACUGGGUGUGGAAUUUAGGCCAUCAAUGGAAGUGAAAUUGAAGGAGAAAGCUCGCACUCUAACGACGACGCAAAAAGCUGCCGCGCGUAAUGAUUUAAGGGUGUAUUCAAAGUAUUUUACCGCUGCAGGUGGCUUUAUAUUCGGAGUAGUCUAUCUUCUAGGGCUAGUUAUUAAACAGCUCUUAGCCGCAUUGACAACAUGGGGUCUAGGAUACAUUAAUUCUGCAAAUUCUAGCUCAAUUUCGGCUGAACUGCCCACGCCGGUCGGGAGUAAUUGGCAUCAGAAAUAUGCCUACCUGUACCUUCUAAGCCUGCUGAUGACCAUCACUUGGGACCUCCUUUUCAACUUGCACACUUUCUCAGGGUCAGUACGUGCGUCCGAGGCGUUAUUUCGAGAGAUGACAUCCCGAGUCAUCCGAAUGCCCCUGCUCUGGCUCGACACUACGUCCAUUGGUGGCAUACUCAAGAACUUCACCGCAGAUGCUAGAAUGGUUGACGAUUCUUUACUUACCACCUUAUCGGAGUUCGCUGACUGUAUAGUAAAGAUGAUGGUAAUUGCUGUUAUCGGAUUAUACACGUCGAGAGACACAACUAUCUUAACCUUGGCUUUCCUAUACGCGGGUCUAAAGGUCGGGGCGAUGACGGCUUACAGUGAGCUUCAAAUCGAGGAUCAAGGAGGCGAAGAUGUUCCGGAGGAUUGGCCCUUCCAAGGAGAGAUCAUAGUAGUCAAACUUGAGGUUGCAUAUUCGGCCAAUCUUCCCCUAGUGCUGAAAGAUAUUUCCUUUACUGCUGCACCUGGCCAAAGAAUCGGGAUUGUUGGCCGAACUGAAGCUGGCAAAUCGUCCCUCGCCCUCGCCCUCCUCCGUUUGAUUGAGCCCUGUAGUGGCUCGCUACAGGUUGAUGGAAUCGAUCCUUCGAAAGUGAAGGUCCAGUCACUUAGGGCGAAAAUCGCAUUUGUACCACAAGAUCCUAUUCUCUUUUCCGGUACAGUACGGUCCAAUCUCGACUCUUUCCACCGGGCCUCAGACGAGAUACUGGAAGAUGUGUUGCGGCGUGUUCAGUUACUGGCGGCGGGAGACUGCACGGGAGGAAGAUUCGGUGUGUUGACGCUGGACUCGCCUAUCAGUGCUGGUGGAGCAAACAUCUCGCAAGGCCAACGACCGAUCCGACGUCGGCUGUCGAUAAUGAGACGGACUGGUGGAUAUUCUACAAUCUUGUCCAAGAUAGUGAGGACAAGGAGUUUCUGA